GCUACGAGACAAGGCACACGUAAUAGUACUAGUGCGCCGUUGCCCUGCCUGCCUGCCCUGUGCCCUGCCUUGCACCACACCACCACCACCGCAGAUCCGGUCUGGUCCAGUCCGGCCCGGUCCGCUACUAAACAAACCAGCCCAGCGCGCGCCCCCAGCGAGAGGAGAGGAGGAGGGGCCGGGGUCGGCACGGCGGGCAGAAUUGCCUCUGCUGCCUGCGCGCUGCCCUGCCCUGCCAGAGGGAUCGGAGGGAGAGCGAUCAGUCAACAAGCCCAGGAGGAGGAGGAGGAGGAGGGAGAGAUCCGCGUGCCGGCCGGAGGCGGGCUCCGGGAGAUCGACCGAGCGACCGGCCUCGGUCCCGGUGCGGUGGUGGAUGGGGAUGGCGCCCGCCGGGUGGGUGGGCGGGCUCGUGGCGGAGAGCUUCUUCGUGGCGUGCCCCGCGCACGAGUCCCGCAAGAAGAACGAGCGCAACAUCUUCUGCCUCGCCUGCUGCGCCAGCAUCUGCCCGCACUGCGCCCCCGCGCACCGCCACCACCCGCUCCUCCAGGUGCGGCGCUACGUGUACCAUGACGUCGUCCGCCUCGGCGACCUAGAGAAGCUCAUCGACUGCUCCUGUGUCCAGACCUACACAAUCAACAGUGCCAAGGUGAUCUUCCUGAAGCCGAGGCCGCAGUCCAGGCCUUUCAAGGGCUCCGGCAACAUCUGCCUCACGUGCGACAGGAUCCUCCAGGAGCCCUUCCACUUCUGCUCCCUCUCAUGCAAGGUGGACCACGUGAUGACGCAGGGAGGGGACCUGUCCAACAUCCUGCAGCACUACGGCGCCGGCGGUGGCGGUGGCGGUGGCACGGCGGACCCGGACCGCCUCGCGUUCCCGAGGUUCGAGAACCUCCGCGUCGUCGACGGCUCGGACCUCGACGACGACGUCCAGGUCGUCACCCCAGACUCCACCCUCGAGGACCCGACCAACAACGCGGGCGGCGGGUCCAGCGACAACGGUACUGACGACGCCAGACGGCAGGUCGUCGUCCAUGGCGGCGGCGAGGCGGCCAAGCGGAAGAAAGGGGGCGGCUUCUUGCCCCAGAUCGUGCUGUCACUCGGCGGCGGCGGCGGCGGCGGCAACAGGAGGAAGGGUGCCCCCCACAGGUCCCCUCUGGCCUAAGCAGCGCUACCUUCAUGCAUGCGUCCCCCUGCUGCUGCUCGUUAUAUAUCACAAGUCACAACACACGUAGCGCGCUGUGGUUGCAUGCAGUGAUGAUGGUGUGGGUGGUAGCUACAGUAUUAAUUAGUAGUAGCGUGUUAUAAUAGUAUCUUAAUGGUGAUUAGCCUCGUAGAGAGACGACGACAAGCUGGUAGCUGGUCGAUCGGUUUUGCUUGGGGGGGAAGGUCUUGGUGGCCUUGUGAUCCGUCUAGCAGCUCGCUAGGACCAACCAUGGCCGCCGCGCCAUCUCAUGAGACUUUAGAGAGAGAGAGAGAGAGAGAGGGUCAUGGGGGAGGUAGAGGGGGGAGAGACGGUUGUAAAAGCAGUUCCCAUUGUUACAGGCACCAGGUAGUAACUGGUCAGUGGGGCCCACUUCUGCAGGCGGUGGGGCCCAUACGAUCGAGGUGGCUACCAAUUUUGUAUUUGAUGUACCAAGGGUUACUCGCGGUCUCGCGCAUACAAUUUCCACACCUAUAUAUGUUAUAUAUAAAUGAUAAUAUAUCUGAAUUCUGUCCCAGACUAAA